CAGGAGAGGCGCUGGGGCUCCCAGGCGUAUUCCAGCAACAACCCUCACUUGGAUCUAUGCUUAGCCCCGAGAUUGGAGCCAAACGUUCAGCCAGCUUCGGGGCGUGAAGACCUGAGACCUCCCCGAGCACCCUUGAGGUCUGAGGAUGAACGUGCUCGCCCCUGUGAGAAGGGACCGGGUCAUUGCUGAGCUGCCACAGUGCUUUACCAAAGAGGCAGCCCUGCACACCAGAGCCGCCUUCCACCCCAAAGUUGUCGGCAUGUGCCAGGCACAGCGCACGGGGACUGUGGGGUUUAAAAUUUCUAAGAUCAUCGUGGUCGGAGACCUGUCGGUGGGGAAGACCUGCUUGAUCAACCGGUUUUGCAAGGACACCUUUGAUAAGAACUACAAGGCCACCAUCGGGGUGGACUUUGAAAUGGAGCGCUUUGAGGUGCUGGGCAUUCCGUUCAGCCUUCAGCUGUGGGACACAGCCGGCCAGGAACGCUUCAAGUGCAUCGCCUCCACCUACUAUCGCGGGGCUCAAGCCAUCGUUAUUGUCUUUGACGUGAAUGACGUGGCCUCUCUCGACCACACGAGGCAGUGGCUGGUGGACGCCUUGAAGGAGAAUGACUCUUCCAAUGUCAUCCUAUUCCUAGUUGGGACCAAGAAGGACCUCAGUACCCCGGCGCAGUAUGGCCUUGUUGAGAGGGACGCCCUCAAGGUGGCGAAAGAGAUGCAAGCGGAGUACUGGGCUGUCUCGUCACUCACAGGCGAGAACGUACGGGAGUUUUUCUUCCGCGUGGCGGCGUUGACCUUCGAGGGGAGCGUGAUGGCCGAGUUGGAGAAAAGCAACGCACGCCGGAUCGGUGAUGUCGUGCGGAUCCACAGCAACGAGCGGGACAUAUACCUGACCGAGAAGCGGCGGCGGGCCAAAUGCUGUCAGUGAGGCCACGAACCUGUUGCCUGCUUGGACAUUUGCACUGAAGUCAUUGCUAUACCAAAGGACGGUACAUACCCACACACACGCAACCAAAGGCAGCCCUGUAGGUCUGUGGUUGACCUCUGUUGGGAACGGGACACCCUCCAGAGGGUGGAACAGAAGGCCGACCUAAAGACCUCAUACAUAGGGCAAUGUGAGACAGUUUCCUUGCCGGCUGGCUCAUCCUCUACCACGUCCAGUUUUGGAGGCCAUAGUUGAAUUUUGCACCAGGGUCCAUUUGGCUUCGUCUCCACAUUCCAUGGCACAUGGUCUGUCACAACUCCUUCCUGUCGGCGACCUUAGUUCCUGUGCUGGCACGAGCAAGGGAUUUAUUGGUGUCAUGGCCGAUGUGACUGAAGUGACCCAUCCUGUUGGCUGAAAAGUCUUCAGACCUCUGUAAGCCUCCUGCCUGCUCCACAUGACGGAGCAUCAGGGCAGUACCAUGUGUAUUGGUUCAUCAUAAAGUUGGCAUUCCUUGCUUUUUUA